GCUAUACCCAUUCCAAAAUCACUCACAGCACCACCAAGCAAAACCUAAAUCACAAAACAUUUCCUUGUUUCUCCCCCAAAACACAAAAAAAAUGGCAGCUCUGCAACAAUCACCAGUUGCAUUCCAAUCCAAAUUCCCCACCACCACAUCCUCAUCAUCAAACAGAGUAUUUGCCAAAACUCAGGUCUCCAGCAAACUCUCAUCCACAGGUCUCAGACUCCCAAAACUGAGCAUAAAACUCUCAAAGAAGAACAAAAUCAGCAACAACCAUGGUGGAGCAACAAUGUUAGACACAGCAGCAAGUAGAUAUGCAACAGCCUUAGCACAAUCAGCAAACUCAAAUGGAACAUUAGAAGCCACACAACAAGACAUUGAAAAGAUUGAGCAAAUCUUCACAUCGCCAGAAGUUUAUGAUUUCUUUGUGAAUCCAACAGUUGCUGUUGAGAAGAAAUACUCAUUGAUUGAUGAAAUUGCAAAAUCAUCAAACCUGAAAACAACUACUAUUAAUUUCUUGAAUAUAUUAGUUGAUGUGAAGAGAAUUGAUUUGAUUAGAGAUGUUGUCAAGGAAUUUGAGUUGGUUUUUAAUGCCAUGACUGAUACUGAAUUGGCUGUUGUUACAUCUGUUGUGAAGCUGGAAGCUAAUCAUUUAGCACAGAUUGCUAAAGGAGUGCAGAGAUUGACAAAUUCUAAGAAUGUCAGGAUUAAGACUGUGAUUGAUCCUUCUCUUGUUGCUGGGUUUACAAUCAGGUAUGGGAAUUCUGGGUCUAAAUUGAUUGAUAUGAGUGUUAAGAAACAACUUCAGGAAAUUGCUUCUCAACUUGAUUUUGGUGAUUUCAAUUUAGCUGCUGUUUGAUGAUUUUCUUGUUUCUUGAUUGAUUUAUGUUUAAUUGGAUUUUGAGAUUAAGGAAUUUUUUUUCUUAAUUGAUAUAUUCACUAUAUUUGUUAUCUAAAUUAGGAUUUUAAUUUUUGUUUACUAAAGAAAGAGAAUAUUUAUGAAUCUUUUGAAUGUUUGAUUGGUGUAAUAAACCAUGAAUUAUCAAUUAAUUCGAUUUAUAAAUGUAAUACAGAUUUAAA